AUGAACCACAGAGCCAAGAACAACAGCUUGGCAACCGUCACUGCGACCGAGUUGAUCGAGCAAGACGUACAAAGUUCCCCUGAAUUGGUGGGGCAUGCUGCAAAAUUGUGUCUCUUUGACGAGCUUGAGCCAUGGCAACAGGACAAUCACUACUUGAUUUCUGGCUACGUCCGGCUCACCGGGUCGGUCAGGGGGUGUGUUGCGUCGCUAGCGUACCUCCACAACGAGUCUGUGAACAUCUACUCGCACCUCUUGCCCGGGUUGUCGACCUUGUGGUAUGUACACCACUACGUGGCGACCAAGUUGGAGAUCUACCCAACGUACUUUGGCUGGGAACGGUUCAAUUUGAUGAUGUUUGCCAUGGCAGCCACCACCUGUUUCGCGAUGUCUGCCAGUUUCCACACGAUGAAGUCCCACUCCCACGACGUGUACCGGAGUUGCAACCAGCUCGACUACUUUGGCAUUGUGGUGAUGAUCUGUGUCUCCUUGAUCUCCAUCGUCUUGUUUGCCUUCCAUGACCACCAGGGCUGGGUCCUUGUGUUCACCGCGACGUUUGUGGCGUUGGCUCUGGUAUGCACGGUGGUCACCUUGGACCCACAAUUCAGACUGCCCAAGUACCGGCCGUUCAGAUCAAUGAUGUUUCUGGUGUUUGGACUUUCAGGGAUCUUCCCCAUUGUGGUUUCCAUCCAGGUUUACGGCUACACCGAGGCAAUUGCCCGGACCCAUGCAUGGUGGCUUUUGGCCGAAGGUGGCCUCUACCUUGGCGGUGCAGCCAUCUAUGCGUUGCGGCUCCCGGAACGAUGGGGGUGUCACAGCCAUCGCCAGGGCACCUUUGACUACUUUGGGCAUUCUCAUCAGAUCUUCCAUGUUAUGGUGGUGAUAGCUGCUUAUUGUCACUGGCGGUCACUCUUGGGUGCAUAUUCGUAUUUGCAUGAAAACUUGGUCACUGGCGUUACGGCGUAG